GUUUGCGUGCGCAGUUACCGACUUGCCUCACUUAUUUAAGAAUUUUAAUAAUCUUGUCAUGUUUACACUAUUUACUCUAUAUAUACGAAUAUUUGACAAAUAAACUGUAUUGCGAUUUAAAUGAGGAUUAUUCAUCUCUAGAAAAAGGGUGCUCAUCUGGGAUUAUAUUUCGGAAUCAGAUAGUGUGUAUUCACUAUUGGUAGAUGUCGCACUGAUCUGGACAUUAUAGAGACUCACUGAGAUUAGAACUACAGGAUACAACUUUAGCGUGUAUGGUUAACAGGAUUUGGCUGAAAGAAGCAUGAGGAAGGAUGUUAGAAUUCUGCUUGUUGGCGAAGAUGGUGUAGGGAAGACAUCACUGAUCUUGUCCCUGGUCAGCGAGGAGUUUCCAGAGGAGGUACCUUUUAAGGCAGAGGAGAUAACAAUCCCAGCAGAUGUUACUCCAGAGAAAGUACCAACACACAUUGUUGACUUCUCAACACAAGAGCAAAGCCAUGAGGAGCUGGUUCAUGAGAUCAACAGAUCUGACGUCAUAUGUGUGGUGUAUUCAGUAGAUGUUCCAGAAUCUAUAGAAAGGAUAUCAACAUAUUGGUUGCCAGAGAUACGCAAGACAGUAGGCCUAGAGAACAGAAAGCCAGUUAUUCUAGUAGGAAACAAGUCUGACACAUAUGAUAACAGCUCUAUGGAGGUGAUAUUACCAAUUAUGAAUGCCUGGCAAGAGGUGGAAACUUGUGUUGAGUGCAGUGCCAAAACUCUGAAGAACAUUAGUGAGCUUUUCUACUAUGCGCAGAAAGCUGUCCUCCAUCCAACAGCUCCUCUUUAUAAUUCAGAAGACAAAGAGCUAAAACUCAAUUGUAAAAGAGCACUAACAAGAAUUUUUAAGAUUUGUGAUGGUGAUAAUGAUGGUCUACUGAGUGAUAUAGAAUUGAACCAGUUCCAGCGAAGGUGUUUCAAUGCCCCCCUACAACCCCAGGCCCUGGAUGAUGUGAAGGCCGUAGUAAGGAAAAACACUGCUGAGGGAAUUAGAAAUGAUUCACUUACACUGAAAGGUUUCCUGUUCCUCCACACUUUAUUUAUCCAGAGAGGGCGCCAUGAAACAACAUGGACAGUGCUACGGCGGUUUGGUUAUAGUGAUGACUUGACAUUAUCUAAAGAAUAUCUACACCCUCCACUAAAGGUAGGAACUGGUCGUAGCUGUGAACUGACAGCCCAAGGUGUUCAAUAUCUCACACAACUGUUCCAUAAAUAUGACUUAGAUAACGAUGGUGCCCUCUCACCCACUGAACUCCGAGAUCUAUUCAGUACAGCUACUAUAAUGCCCUGGGGUUCUGACGUCAACAACACUGUACUAACUAAUGCUAAUGGAUGGAUCACUCUAUCUGGUUACCUCGCUCAAUGGGUAUUUAGCACUUAUACACAAGUCCAUAGUACAUUAGAGUAUUUAGCGCAAUUGGGCUAUAUGUAUGAACAUGAAAGUCAGCUAUCAGCCGUACACAUAACCAGGGAUAAAAAAACAGAUUUGGCUAAAAAGCAGACUGCAAGAACGGUGUUCCAAUGUAAUGUGAUUGGAAGCAAAGGGGCCGGAAAGAGUGCAUUUUUACAAGGUUUACUCGGGAGGAAUUUGAAGUAUGUUGCUACACUGAACUCCAGCUCUCUUCCAGCAUAUAGCAUUAAUACAGUACCAGUUUAUGGCCAGGAAAAAUACAUAGUCCUUCAUGAAGUUGAUACCAGUCAAGUAGAACAAAUGUCAUCUGAUGACCUAUGUAAAUGUGAUGUCAUAUGUCUCAUGUAUGACAUCACAAAUAGAACAUCUUUACAAACCAUCAGUAGACUAUACCAAAAACAUUUCGCUGAGUCCAGAGUACCGUGCCUCCUAGUAGCUUCAAAGACUGACCAGCCAUCAGUACCACAGGACAGCGAGUUAACAGCCACCCAAUUUUGUUCACGGAACCACUUACCCCCACUGCAACAAUUCACUUGCGUCGAUAGAAUAAAUAGAGAUAUCUAUAUUAAAUUAGCAACAAUGGCUGCUUAUCCCAACUUGAAGAGGCUGGUACAUAUGCUGAUGAUCAGGAAAACCCCACAAUGGUUUCAAGAUAAAAUCAGUAAACUCAGUAUGGGAGACAGUGAAGGCAAUAUGGUAAAGCUUACUGUUGGCUUAGCCCUAGGAGCCGUACUCGGCUUUCUCGUUUACAAAUAUGUGGCCAACAAGAGGUGAGGCACACAAGGAGGAAGAGCCAAGGCUAGGAUUAUCAAAUUAUAGAUAGCUAUGUAUAAGAAGGAAUGAGUGCUACCCACCCAUGUAUCUAGGACUUCAACAAAGCGUAUCAUGAUACCAGUGGCAACCCAACAAUAUCAAGCAGAAAACCUCAUCUUGAAUUGUGGACAUUUUGAAUCAUAGUCACUAAUAAGGACACAGGACCUGCUUGGCUGUCCAAUCUCGAUUUCAGAUAUACAUGUAUUAUAUUUGAGUGCUACACAUCUGAUCAUCUGGGAUAUUCAGCCAAGCAAACCAUAUUAACUUCCUUAAGAAAAUUGAGCAUCACUGAAUCCUGACAGAAAUUUGAAACGUUUGUACGGUAUUUUGGAGCAUCUAGGGCAUUGAAUUUAAUUAAGAUUUGAUUUUCAUGUACAUGUUUUAUAUCAAUGGAUAUACAAGUGUAAUAGCUCUAACAGCAUGCUUUGAAGUUAACCUUUCAUGCAUGAUCUUUCUCCUGUGCAUUGUUCAAGAUGGGCAUGUAUUGAUGGAGGAAUCUUAUUGGUCCAAUUCAAACAGGAGAAUGUGCAUGUAUUUCUAUAUAUGGCUUGCUUCUGUUAAAGCGAAUACCACAGUAAUGGUGUAAUGUUGGAAUUCUGAGUUGUCAGGUUGAAACAUUGUACUAUGUAAGUUGAACCAUGGGCUUUCAAGAGACUUGAAAGUCCACAGUUGAAGAACACACCCUCUGUAAAUUGACCACCCAACGCAGACCAUAGUGUUGCAUUCAGCCACUUGUCUGUUUCUUUACCCAUAUUAGAAUAUUGAAGUUGUUAAUCUGUUGUUGAAGAAGGGUACACGGGGGUUUGAUGCAAGACUAAGAAUGCUCUUCUUGUCUUUUCCAUAAUCUGAUAUGGAUUUAUUUCUGUUAAUUGAUUUCAUGAUUGAGACUUGUCAAGUGAAAAUAACUCUCCACAUCUCUGUGGUGUACAACUGUAAGUUAUAUCCGUAGUUGUAAAGAGGCUCUUAUGAU